AAAAAAGCGAUUGAUUCCUUCGACUUGGCCCAUCCCCCGUGGCUUGUUCCACAUAGCCUGAGCACGCUGUGCACACCAAACCUAACCCGUUCUUCAAAGGGUUUCUGCCACCGCCAUUUCCUUCCUUGAACCCCCUCACAAACCACUCGAUGCAUGCGUAAUGUUCAAAAACAUAUUCAACGCGCCAGACUCCCUCCGAAAUGCAUUUCUCGGACAAGAUGAACUGCGUGCCAAGAGCCAGCAAGGAUUACAGGCUGUCAAAUCUGGCGUCGAAAGCUUGCGAACGGUCCUCGCAAAACACCCUGUAGAAUCCAACAGCACCAGCACCAGCACUAGCACUAGCACUAGCAGCGGUGACGGGCAAGAUCACACCCAAAGCAGAUCAGGGCCCGCAUCGAAUCCUUCGACCGCAUUUUUUUCAUCCUCCUCAACGUCAACAUUCAUUCCAGGAACAGGCGUAGGUAGGGGAGGAGAAGGAGGAGGGAGCACAGGCAGGCCAGUUAUGACAAGCCGAGACCGCUCAGGAUCCUGGUCCUUCCUUCCACCAUCACUCAUCUCCGGACGACAUUUCCAGAACAACAGCAGUAGUAGCUCUUUAUCCUCCAUACCGGGACAACAACGCCCGGGAUCAAUCAAAGAGGUCGCAGGGUCGUUCACGGAUUCUGUCACGGAGUCGAUCAAGAAUCUCGGCACAGGUUUAAAGCUAGGUCAGAUUGCGGAGGGAUUGGGAUUGAAUGGCUCAGGACCAGGACCGAUGCCGUCGUUGUCAAGGAGAGGGACAGGAGAUCUGCAACAGCUCCAACAGGGUCCAUAUUUGAACAGCACCGGUGGUCAGGCGAGCAGGAGUCGUGUGUGGACAUGGAAUGGUCAGAAUAUGGAUAAUGAUAAUUCGGAAGGAGCCGGGAGUGACGCGGACUCGGUUCUGAGGAGAAGCGAUGGAGGAGGCGGUCUGAAGGCGGGUGCAAAGACAAAAGAAGCUGCCAAGGAGACCGAAGCGCUGUUGGCAAAAGUUCGGGAGCAGCAGGACCAGGCGAUGGAACGAGCCAAGCGGAUGCCAGAAGUCGAGAAGAUGGCGCAACGAUACCAGGAUUCGUGGACAGAAAUCCACAGCCAUACCACGCACAACUCGGAAAAAGCAGACAAUGCGGACGAAAUCCUGGAGAAAGUACUGGAGCUCUGUAUGAGACAUGUGAAUGCCUCUGUUCAGUUGGCAGAGGGUGCCAAGGAUCUGAAGCACUUGGACAAGAGUCUCGACGAUAUGAUGGCUAUGUCAGAAAACAUCCAGAAAAAACUGACCGGAUUGGAAAGCGCAAUUGUAAAACUGGAAGAAGAAGCAGACGCCCUGUCGCUGGCUGACUGGAAGAAAUCCAAGACUACCGAAUUAGACAAAUACAUGGAGAUGAAAAGGAAUGAGUUGUGGGAUAAGGCAGAGCUAUUGUCUGUCAGAUCCGAGCAGUUUCAAAAGGAAGAGGCUAAACGGAAACUGCGACUCUACCAGAACCGGUUCGAGACGGACAUGGCACAGUUCCGGAAAACACAGGAGGAACGCGAGCAGGAGCUGUGGAAGAUUGCAGAAGCCCAGGCAGAGGCAGAAGCAGCAGGCCAUAGCAAUAGUCGUGCUGGUCGUACAGGGUUAUUGAGCGCUAUUGGUGGGCUAUCCGUAUUACAAUCGACAGCAAUGGACUAUAGUGGAGCGAGGGCAAGCAUGGACACCAGUGGGCUAGGUCUUCCAGCAGAGGCGCUCGCUGCACAUGAUGAUGAGGAGCUCAGGGAGAAGGAAGACUUGAAUCGCUUCCUUGGUCCGGCCACUGAGAGUGACUCGAAAGAGGAUGAAGCCGACAGCGACGCUGAAGACCAUUCGUCUCGUCGCUCAAGCCAUGAUAUCAAAGAAUGUUGUUCUCGUCUUUCGAUCUAGAGCACAUAAUAAACAAGAGGAGGGACUGAAGAACGGCAGAUCAUACGCAUUUGUUGGAUUCGCUUUUUAUUUUCAAAAUACAGGUAGUUACAUAUCAUCAUCGCCGUCAUGAUGCAAAGUGACAGAACUAAAGUUAGCAAACAAG